AAUUCAUUAAAGCAACACAUUCUAUAAAUAUUUCUUAUCUCUUUCACAGGCUUUCAGUUCAACGGGAAGGGAGCUAGGCUUGACUCCACUUGCUCGAGAACAUGACAUAGUUCUAUCUAGUAUUGCAGCCCUUUGUGCCACUCCUAUGCUACCUAGCAAUCUCAUGUGGAGUGGUGUUUUAGAAAUUUGGAACGAGGUUGAAGACAGUGGUUGGGGAAAUGAACUGCGUCCAUUAUUUGAGCAUUAUGAGCGUUACUGGCUACCGCGGAAAGAUGAGCUGUGUGUGUACAAUCUUGAAGAACGCACUAACAACAAGUCUGAAUCAGACAACCAUGCACUGGCCUCUGUUAUCCCUCAAAACAGACCCAAUAUUUGGCAUCUUAUCGGUGGAUUUGUUCAACUGGAAUAUCUUGCGUACUGCGACAAAGUUGCCACUGAUUCCCUCCGAGCUGUGUCUGGUUCUAGGAAAUGGAAAUCUGUUUGGAAUGACGACAUUGUUCAAAGAGCUGUCCAACGAUUGCAAAGAGGUGAAAUCACUCUUGCUCACUUCCUGCACAGUACAUCUUAUGCAGUUCUGGCUGGCAUCAAGCACGGCCUUCGACUUGGCCGGCAACAGAACAAUGCAGAUGGUGAAGAUGAUAUUGAAGGUGGUGGUGAUGAAAGCGAUGAAAGCAGUAGUGAAAGUGAUGAAGAUUGAAAUGAUGUUACUUUACUCAGAUCCCUAGUACAUUCUCUAGUGUCUUCAUCAAUGUCUGUUACUUAAGUUAAAUGUGUAAAGGAUUAAGAUUAUUGUAUCUCUAUUGAAUUUUGUAUAUUACUUGAAGAGUGGUGUUUUGUUGAAUAGUGAGGAGGACCAAAGAGUAUUGAAUUGUUCAUUUGUUUGAAAAUACUUAUUUGAAUGAAGUUAUGAUGUGGUAAAAAUGUACAA